GGGGAAAUUCGCAGCCCCGAACUCGUGCGGAUGCCCGCUCUUCAGCAUGCCUGCCGCAAAGGAGGCGAGCCGUCACACAAAAGCAAGAUGGAGGAUCUCACAGUCGAAGUAUGCGGCGAAAACGGAGCGUAUUAUAAGGCCUUUGUCACCGAUGUCUUUGACGACGAAGUUCUGGUAACUUUCGAGAAUGACUGGCAGCCAGAAAGCAAGUUCCCAUUUGCUCAAGUACGUCUACCUCCAAAAGAUGGUUCCAAAGCAGAAUUUCAGGAGAACCAGGAGAUCGAAGUAUUCUCUAGAUCUAAUGAACAGGAAGCGUGGGGCUGGUGGAAAGCACUUAUCAAGAUGAGUAAAGGAGGCUUUCAAGUAGUCGAAUAUUUGGGAUGGGAAUACACAUAUACCGAAAUUGUAGCUAGUGAGCGACUGAGAUCCAAAAAUCCAAAUCCCCCCAUUGACAAAAACACAUUUCACAAGAUCGAAAUUGAAGUACCUGAAGAGCUCAGAGAAUUUGCGAAAAUGGACAAUGCACAUAAGGAAUUUCAAAAAGCGAUAGGGGCGGCAGUGUGCCGAUAUGUGCCUGAACGGGGAGUACUGCUGGCCAUCUCCCGUCAUGAAAAUAUACAUCGUCACAGUAGCAUGCUCCAAGAAAUGCAUUUUAGAAAUUUAUCGCAAAAGGUACUGCUGUUGAAGAGAACAGAAGAAGCAGCGCGUCAACUUGAAUCUACAAAACUUCAAACAAUAGGGGGCAAAUUUAGAUCUUCAAACUUUAUAUAUCAGCGUGUCUCAGACUUUGAGGCAGGAGUGAAAACAAAUUCAAGAUAUACUGACGAAUUUAACGUUCGAGAAGAUCUUAUGGGACUAGCUAUCGGUGCUCAUGGUGCGAACAUUCAACAAGCACGAAAGGUUGAUGGCAUUACAAAUAUAGAAUUAGAAGAAAAUUCGUGCACAUUUAAGAUAUACGGAGAGACACACGAAGCUGUUAAGAAAGCUCGAUCUAUGCUGGAAUACAGCGAGGAAUCUAUACAAGUUCCACGGGUUUUGGUAGGGAAAGUAAUUGGGAAAAAUGGUCGUAUUAUCCAAGAAAUUGUCGACAAAAGUGGUGUAAUAACAACUGGCUCGAGUGGGAAUGUACAUACUGAUAGAGUAAGGGUAAAAAUAGAGGGAGACAACGAACCACAACCAACGAUUCCACGGGAGGAGGGUCAGGUGCCCUUCGUCUUUGUUGGCACUGUUGAAAGUAUCGCCAAUGCCAAAGUUUUAUUGGAAUAUCAUUUGGCGCACUUAAAGGAAGUGGAACAACUUCGACAAGAAAAAUUGGAAAUUGAUCAGCAACUACGAAGCAUGCAUGGGUCAACUACGGGACCGAUGCCCAACUUUCCUCCUACAAGAAGGGGAAUGGUUGCAGGACCAGAAGAAGGCGUUAGCGGUCGUGGCGGCCGCGGUGGCCAAUCACGAGGACGCGGCUCCCGGGGUAGAGCGCCCACCAGACACAACGCCGGAUUACGUAGAGACACAAUGGACAGCAGCGAAGACCGUGUGCGAGACUUGCCGCCGAGAGGCGGUCACCAGGGUGGUGCCGGUAAUUCAGGGUACAUGAGUGGCAGGCAAGGUCGUCCCACGGCCCAACGUAGAGAUCGUAGAGACGAACGCCGUCGCACGACCGACGACGAAGACACUGUUUUGGACAGCCAAGAUGUCUCGAGCAUUGAUAGAGAGUCGGUAUCGAGUGUGGAGGGUGGACCUAAAGGUGGGAUAAGACGAAGGCGGCUACGGCGCUCCCGACAACGAAGCACAACGCCGACGAGUGUUCAGACAGGCAGCAAUGCCGGACCGUGCGACCAGUCAACAAUAAACAGCAAAGAAGGAACACCUGCGAACGACGUCUCUGUGUCUAACAGUUCCCAAGGACCUAAAGGCCAAAGAGAACAUCGGUCUCGUCCUCCUCGUAUGCAACAGAGCAAUAAGCCUAAGGAAGCUCUGGUUAAUGGUACCAGUGGCUAAGCGCAACCGUUGCGGCGCCAACGAUUGCCACUAAAAACGUUAACCCUGUACGGUUACACCUAAUGAGAGCUAUUAACACCCAGCACGUAACAUGACGCAUACCGACGCAAGGACUACACGAUUAUGGAACGCGACAUGAUUAGUCUACGCUCGUUGUUAAGACUGUUUGCUACCGAUAUAAGAAUACGACAGUUGUUUAAGAAAUCGUCAUUCUCCUUAAACACAUUUUAAGGACACAUAUUAAUAUCCAAUGCAUGGUUUAGUUUAAAUGAUGGCAAUUACGCCGUCAUGUUUGAUAUAUGGAUACAUUCAUUGGGAGAAAAAUAGGAGAUAGCAUUUGGUAAAGAAGGAUUCCCUGAUUGUGAAACUGUGCCUCAUUUUUAUACCGAGCUCCUAACUUACGUGACAGUGCAUCAUCGGAUGUGCCGGAUGCGCGCAAUACACACCGGUCACACCUUGGUACACUCGUUAACGUUUAACGAUCCGAUAUUAGGCUGGAUAUUCGCGGCUCGUACGUCAAUUAAUCGCUCUGAGUAGGUUUCAUCUAGAUAUGUCGCUUAGUACUUACAAAUAAUUCUAUAUAUAUAUAUAUAUAUAUGUGUGUGUAUGCAUGUAUGUAUGUACGUAUAUAUAUAUAUAUAU